AUGGCGUUUUACUUGGAUGAAGAAGAAGUAUGGAAAUGUCCAAAGCAUCCGUCGAAGCGGCGGAGGAGUGGUAUCUGCCCUACAUGCCUCCGUGAACGCCUCGUUACACUCUGUCCAGAAUGUGCAAAUACUCGUCCAUGUGCGUGUUGUCCAGCUCAAGCCGAUUCGACGUCUUCUUCUUCUUCGUCUUCCUCAUCGUUUUCUAUCUUCCAGUUUUCCCGUGGCGGUAGCCUCCGCGACGGUUUUCUGUCGUCCGCCGCCGCAGGGGAAGUCGGUCGCGUGUCGAAUCUAAUCGAAAGUGAACCUGCGUUUAGGAAAUCUAGAUCUCUAGCGAUUCCCUUCCUCCGAUCGAGAUCGAAGUACGUCGGUGGUCGAUUCGAUCAACAGUUCGUCGAGGAAGACAAAAAACCUCUGCCGAGGGUUAGCCGGAGCAAAAUAAACUUCUGGUCGGUUUUCAAGGUGAAUAAAACUAAAAAAUGCGAUGCACACGGCGGCGAACAGGAUGACGAAUCGAAUAAAAGUGAUAUCUCCGUCGCAACUGAAGAUUAUUCAAGGAUGGCUAGAUCCAGAUCAGUAGCUGUAGGGGCCAGUCACGGCUUCAGUCCGGUAGCCGCGAAACGCCGUGGGUGGCUGACAACAACUUUCCGGCUUCCGCUGCAACGAACAAGGAAUAAAUUAAUUGGGAACGGCAGCUAA